AUGCAAUCAUCACUAGAUCCGCCUUCAGCAGAGUGUGUUGUCUAUGUUGCACCAUUUCAACACGCCCCUCUUGACUCUGCGGCGCGUGAAAUCAGGCUCUUGACAUUGCUUCCUGGCGAACCAGGGAGUCCCCUCGUUGGAAAUCUCAAGACUGUCAGCCUAAAUGACAAACCUCAAUAUGAGGCUCUUAGCUACACGUGGGGAUCUUCUGAUGUGAAAUACGACAUGACUAUUGAUGGCUUGGGACUUUCGGUGGGCCAUAACCUCAGAAAGGCUCUGGAUGAUCUGCGUUCCCUGACUGAAUCUUGCGUUAUCUGGAACGAUGCUAUUUGCAUAAACCAGAGCGACCAUGAGGAGAAAGGCCAUCAAAUUCAUCUUAUGAGGGCGAUUUAUUCCGAGUCAACUGCUGUCUGUGCCUGGAUUGACCACGAGAUAAAUCCAUUGGACCCCAGCUUCAUGAGUCUUCAAGCGCUCGACAACGGCGUCCAAAUUCAGGAUUAUAGCGCCGAGUACUGGCAUCCUGUGGCAAGAAUCUUUCGAAAUCAAUACUGGAGACGGUUGUGGGUACAGCAGGAGCUGAUAAUGGCACCGACGAUUCAUGACGUCCUGGCUGCUAAGUGCUACCAUGCGAGGGAACGUCACUCGACAAGAGCCGACCGUAUUGCGCGUGGAGAAAAGCCACGGAGCCGCUGGAGUGAGCUAAUGACGUGGUUUCUGGAUGCUAUAGAGCUCGAGAUGAGUGAGCCCAGGGAUAGAGUCUAUGGAAUUCUCGGCAUUACUUUAAGAGAUGAGGGUCUGGAAAGCUUCGACAUAAAUUACAACCUGCCUGUGGCUACUGUUUACUCCCAGGUUUUUGAAUUCUACAUCAGAGAGACGAACAGUCUGCUGUUCUUGUGUUUUUUCCAGCUUCCCAACCGGCCACCUACGACUGGGCCAAAAGUCGCGGUUCCAACCAGGAUGCCAACCGAGUAUCUAAUGCUGAUGACCUCUCUUGCUGCUAGUGAUGCAUGUGGUCCUACCCUGGCUGUCAACGCUCGCAUCUGCCUGGAGACGCUGGUCCUCUCCGUUGAAGGACAUUGUUUGGAUUCUAUCUCUUGCGUUUUAGACAUCAACACAGACGAGAAACCCCUCUUAUCGGAAUGGCUAUCUCAGUUGGAAGACUUUUGUCGCAGAAUUUGGCCGAAUGAUACAACUGAGCCGUUGUACGAGAAAGACGAAGUGAACUCUCUCUUCUUCCCCUGGAUGCAUCCUCAGGGUUAUGUGGCGAUGUGGGGCCAUGAGAGACCGUCUUAUGAACUGAGGCUUGCGCUAAUUCGUGCCCUUGUUCAAGAAAGGCAGCUACGGAUACCAGUAGACAAAUCUGUAAUGGCGUCUGUCCAGACGUUCAAUAGUACUUCUGGCAAUCGACAAAUCAUGUAUGAUUCGUGGUCUGGGAAUGUUGGUAGCAAAUCCUUUUUGGGGACUACAGGCGGGAGGAUAGGAACAAUACGCAGUAGCACCGGGAUUAGAGAAGGUGAUGAGUUGUGGAUUGUCUUUGGGUGCUGGAUGCCUUUAGUUCUUCGGCCUGUGGUGGGGAAGUCGAGGCGCUAUACUCUCGUUGGGGCUUCUGAGUUUCACGGAAUUAUGCUGGGAGAGGGGGUUUUGUAUGAUGGACCAAGUGUGAAGCCAGGUGUUAUGGUUGAGUUGGAGUGA